GAUGAUACCUCAGCCAGGGUUAACUGAAGCUUCAAGGAUUCUUUAUGACAAGCAUAAUAAGAAAUAUGAGGGUGGUAAACAAAGUGACCAACCUUUGGAUACUGAUGAACCAAUAAAUAUUGAGCAAAUUGAGUUGAUUGAAGGAAAGCAAAAAGAAGAUAUCAUCGAUUUUAUUCAAAAGUAUGAAGACACUGAGCAUAUUACUCAUCAUAAAAUGACAAUCGAGGAGCUUGAAGAUAGCUUGGAAACACGCAUAAAAGACAAAAAUGGACUGACAACAAUCCAAGCAAAUUCAAAACUUUCACAAGAAAAACUUCGUUUAGAAGAAGAACUCAAUCUUUGGCUUAUUACAUAUCUGAAAGAGUUGAACUAUCACUCAUAUCUGUUAUUACUGUGAGUUGUGCUGUGAUUCAUAAUCUACUUCAUGAAUAUCGACCAACCAAUAUAUCUAUUCCUUGGUCUUUUUCUUUUGGCUUUUACUUUUGUUAGUUGGUUCUUUAGAUAUUAUUCAACAAAGCGAUCUACUUCUUUGAUGAAGUUAUAUAAAUAAACUAAUUCCUUCGGAAGCAAAUGUCAUAAGGCAAGGAGAAAUAUUUUCCAUCGAGCCUUUUAAACUUGUACCAGGAGAUUUAAUCCAAAUUAAUGAAGAUACAAUACUUCCUGCAGAUGUCAGAAUAAUUGAAAGUAAUCAAUUGAAAAUCAAUAAUGCUCAAUUCACAGGAGAGCCAGAAGAUUUACUCAUGACUGUGGAGCCUUCGGGAAGCAGUUUACACCAGGCAACAAACUUUGCAUUCUGAGGAUCGUCUUGCACAUCUGGGAAUGGGAUUGGAGUCUUAGUUAAUUCUGGGUUGAAUACGUCCUUGGCUUCACUUCUUAAAUCCCUAUAUCUCAACUCUCGCACUUCUAAAAAGAGUUUGCUCCCCAAAGAAAUUGGCAGACUUACAGUAAUUACCUCUGUUAUCGCAGUUGUGGUUUGCAUUCUUCUAUUUUUGCUGGGAUUAAUCUUAGAUAUUGAAUUUGAUGCAAAUAUCCUCUAUUCUCUUGGAAUCAUUUUAUCUAACAUUCCACUCGGAGUCUUCUUCACUAUUGCCAGUUCUUUUGAUAUCUCAUUCAAUAGAAUGAGAAAGAAGAAGCUCUUUGUGAACAAUUUAGACUCAGUAGAAACACUUGGAUCAACAACUUGUAUUUGUGUUGAUAAGACAGGGAUUCUGACUCAAAAUAAAAUGAGUGUUUCUUCCCUCUGGUAUGAUGGUGAAUUAAAAGAUGCAUCUGUAAAUUAUCAGACUUUUGAGCAAAGCAAAGCAAAUAUCACUCUAGGAUAUGAUAUUAGGGAUUCUACUUUCAAAGAAUUGCUCUAUAAUUUCAUCUUGGGGACAACAGCAUCCUUCAAUUUUAAUCCAACAGAAAAACAGAUAAAAAGACACAUUGCUAAAAAGCUAAAAGUGAAUCCUACAAAUCUUUCUUCAAAAAAUUAUCAACAAAACAAAGAUUUAGCAGAGAAUGAACUUAGAGAAAUAGAAAAGAAAAAGCCUUUUCAGCUUCAACAUACUCAAGGCAAUCAAUUAGAAAGUAGUCUAAUAAAAUUUGCUCAACCUUUAAAAGACAUUGAUGAAUGCAAGAGACGGUUUCCCAUUGUCUCCUUUAUGGCAAAAGACGAGUUUGGAGAAGAGACCAGUCAUAGCUGUGAGAUAUCAUACAACUCAGAUUCAAAACACAGUAUAUUUGUAAGAUAUCUUGCAGAUUAUACAGUAGAAAGUAGUAAAAUACAUUAUUUAGUGAUUAUAAAAGGAGACCCAGAAGUCAUUUGGCCAAAUUGUAAUACCAUUCUUGUUAAUGGGGAAGACAGAAUGAUUCAUGAAUCUUGGAAUAAUAUGCUCAAAGUUGCCAUUGAUACUCUUGCCAAAAACGGUGAGAAAAUUUUAGCCUUUGCGAAUAUCAUAAAAAGUGGAAUAGAAGUAUUUGAUCAAUUUGUCGUAAAAGAUAGAUUGGAGUAUUCAUCAUGUAGGGAUUUUCGAUUUGUUGGAUUAGUAGGAAUAAAAGACCCUCUCAGAGAGAAUAUAUCCAGUUCAGUUGGAAAAUGGAAAAGAGCUGGAAGUUUAUCGUCGGUGAGUGUAACAAAGGCUAUAAUGUUUACUGAUGAUUAUCCUGAAGCAGCAGCAUUCAUUGCAAAGAGGACUAAUAUUUUCUCUGAAGAAUCAAAGACUAACUUAGAUAUGAUUGAAAACGGGAUGUCUGAAGAGCAAGCUUUUGAGGAAUGUGAUGCACUUGUUGUUGAUGGAGAAGAACUUUCUUAUAAACUCGAAGAACAAGAUUUGCAAAAUCAAUCAACAAACGAUGACGAUAAUGAUACAGUGAAGAAAGAUUUUCUUUUAGAUUGAGUUUCUAAAGAUGAAGUUGUAUUCACAAGAAUAACUCCUUCUCAGAAGUUUCUGGUUGUUGAUGCUUGCCAACGUUUAGGUCAUAAUGUUGCAGUAACUGGCAAUAAUUUAAGUGAUUUAUCAACAAUGGGUAUUGCUGAUACUGGAAUUGCUAUGGAGGACGGAUCAAACACUUUAAAGAAUGCUGCAGAUAUGGUCAUUCUGGAUAAUGAUUUCAGCACUAUUAUUAACGGAAUUGAAGAUGGAAGACUCUUUUAUGAUAACCUGAAGAAGUCAAUUGCUUUCACUCUUUCUUCAAAUAUUCCAGAAAUGUUUCCAUUUAUUUUUGCGAUAUUAUUCCAAGCGCCGCUUCCUUUCACUGUGGUCAUGAUCUUGGUCAUUGAUAUUGGUGUCAAUAUUAUCCCGUCUAUUUCAUUUGCUUAUGAAAACCCGGAGCAUAAUAUACUGCUAAAUAAACCUCGGAAUCUAAAACAUGACCACUUGAUAAAUUCCAAACUAAUCUCUUUUUCUUACCUACAGAUUGGAGUGAUCCAGGCCUUUGCAGGGCUCUAUACUUAUUUCAUAGUCAUGAAUGAUUAUGGUUUUAAACCUUCUACUCUUAUUGGGUUGGCAGGUAAAAAGGGCAUUAUUCCAAAUAGCUAUGAUGAGUAUAAUCCAUCAGUAGGCACUCAAACUACUGUUAUUAGAGGAAACACUAGAGUUAAUAGUGAAAUACCUCAGAAAUUUAACUUUAAUUCACUUGAUAAUAAUAGCAUUGACCUUAGGCUCUACUUCUACGAUCUUGAGCCCUCUCAUUGGUCUGAAUGUAGGUGGUAUAAUGAUACCCCGAAAUGGUGGGCAAAGAAUAUCGUUUAUGACGAUAUCACGAUUUGUUACAGAUCUGAAGCAUUGAGAUAUGCACAAACCGCUUACCUUAUAUCAAUCGUUGCUACGCAAUGGGCUAAUUUGAUAGUUUGUAAGACAAGAAGUCUUUCAAUCUCUCAACAUGGAAUUAGUAAUAAGCUUGCUAAUUUUGGAGUCAUUUUUGGAACACUUCUAGUUGUGGUUCUUUGUUAUGUUCCAUGGUUCAAUAAAGUAUUAGGAACUAGGAUGAUUGCUCCUCCUCAUUUUUCUAUUCCUUCAUUCCCUUUCUGUAUUAUUAUCUUCUUUUAUGAUGAGGGAAGGAAAAUGUUACUCAGAUCAGGCAUAGAGAAGGAAACUGGUAAACUUAUAGGAUGGGUUGCUCAAAAUACAUAUUACUAAAG